CACCCUGGGAACUGCAACUAGCCCCAGUCUUAUGUGGUAAACGAAAACUAUUCAGAAGCAAGAGAGUUUACAAAGGCUCUCACAAGCUUCUGAUAAACACUCGAGGAGAGUCUCAUAACACGUUUGAAUCGACUUCAGAUUAAUCAAGUAGUAGACAAGCAUCUGGUUUAUCGGACAACACAGUCUAACAGCGGGAACCUGUUGCACCACGGACAUAUGACGAGCUAGUGCCAUGCCCACUCGUGCUGUGGCCGGUUUACGCACGUCACAGUAGUAGCUGCCUUGCCAACGAAUGUUGUCGCUGUCAUUCGUCUCGUGUGGAUCUCGUCUUGUGGAUGGCAUCCAUGGGUAACCAACAGCAGUGCCAGAUCAUUACUGCGACUGCGGCUCUGUUUCUGGCAAUAUGUGGCAUUCUUCUGCUCGUCGUACCCACCGAAGACGUUAAAGAGCCCCCGGAGUUUAUGUAUGGAAUAGUCCUGGAUGCUGGAUCCUCUCAUACGGCCAUGUUCAUCUACAAAUGGCCAGCAGACAAGCAGAACGGUACCGGCAUAGUCAGUCAACACAGCGAGUGUCAUGCCAAGGGAGGCGGGAUCUCCAGUUAUGCAGGUAGCAGAGGAGGAGCAGCCCGUAGUCUUGAGGAAUGCAUGGAACAAGCCAUGCAGAAGAUCCCCAAGUCAAGACACAAACUCACCCCUUUGUAUCUUGGGGCAACGGCAGGCAUGAGACUACUGAAUAUUUCUAAACCCAAAGAAUCAGAUGAGGUUUUGAAAGAAGUGGGAGACAAACUGAAGACCUACCCAUUCAGCUUCAAAGGGGCCAGUAUCUUGAGUGGUCAAGAGGAGGGGGCUUAUGGAUGGGUCACGGUCAACUACCUGCUUGAGAAUUACAUCAAGUAUGGUUUUGUGGGACAAUGGCUGUCUCCAGGCAGAGACACGGUUGGUGCUCUGGACUUUGGUGGAGCUUCUACUCAGAUCACCUUUGAAACAAAACAGAGGGUGGAGAACAAGGACAAUCUGAUGAAACUGCGGCUGUACGGACGAGACUAUCAGAUUUACACUCAGAGCUUUCUGUGUUAUGGGAGAGACCAGGUGUUACUCAGACUGCUGGCACUUCUGAUUAAGACUCAGGGUUCAGACCGCUCCAUAGUUCACCCCUGCUAUCCUGCAGGUCACAAUGACUCCAUAAAGCUGAGCACUGUGUUUGAUACUCCAUGCAAUGAAAGACAAUCUCCCUCUAUACCUGAUGUUGAGCUGCAAAUCAAAGGCACAGGAAACUACGAUCAGUGCCUGGGAAAUGUUUCUCAUCUCUUUUCUUUUAACAAUUGUUCUUAUUCCAGAUGCUCUUUUGACAAAGUCUUCCAGCCCAACAUUACUGGAAAUUUUAUGGCAUUUUCUGCAUUUUUCUACACCCAUUCCUUUCUUCAGCAAGCAACGGGCAUCAGCAUCAAGUCCCCAGAACAUUUAGAGAACGCUGCCCGUAUGGUCUGCAACAUGAGCUUUCAGGAGAUGAAUAAUAAGGUUCAGGGUCAGGAAAGCCGUCUGAAGGACUACUGUGCAGUCUCUGCUUUUGUGCGGGUGCUACUGCUCAGGGGAUAUGGCUUUGAUGAUCUCUCCUUCCCGCACAUCUCCUUCCAGAAGAAGGCAGGAGACACGUCUGUCGGCUGGUCCCUUGGCUACAUGCUAAACCUAAGCAACCUGCUGCCUGCUGAAGAUGUUUUACUGAAGAAAACACUGCGCUCAAGUGCCUGGGGUGCUCUGAUUACCCUUUUUUGCUUUCUUCUUAUUAUGGCACUAUAUUUUUUGUUGCGAGCCAUUCAUAAGAAAGGCACUGACACUGGCAUUUAAUAAUGAAGGAGUUAUAUUGUUAUCCACUGCCCUUCCGUCUGUUUACAGUGCAUUCCAAACAAGGAUGCACAAAGACUUUUUGUACCACAUUUCAUCAAACCUAUCUCAUUUUAAUAACAUAUUUCUUAUCAAGCACAUUUUAUAUUUUAGAAGAGACUGUACAACAGGAAACUUGAUUUUAGUAGUGCUAAGCCUAAAUUCAUCAAGGACAGUCAUGUCAAGAUGUCUGUCUUUUUAUAAUAUUGAAUGUAUGUCUUAGGUAUACUGUGUUCUGUGCCUUAAUAGCAUAUCAUGGGUUUGUUUUGAAACUUUUUUUCUAGAUUUAACAUAUUUGUGUACUAUGCUGUGUGCUGUAAAAUGAAGUUGAAGGCACUGACAAAUCACAAAUCUUGAAAAUGUAUUUAUGCAUAUAUAUAUAUAUAAGAAUGCAUUUGAUUUUGAAAUGGUAUUGCCUGUUUCUAUUCCUGCUGAUAUAAGUUAACGUAUUUACUAAUUUUCUGUAUUUUCUAAAUGCAAUAA